CUGUUGUUUGUUGUUUUGCUGAAGUGUUGAGAGCCGCCGCGUCUCCAACGGACACACACCGAGCUGAGAGGAGGGUCAACACACACACACACACACACACACACACACACACACACACGGACGUCUUCAGCCGUUAGUUCACCUCCGGUCCAGUUUGUAACCUGCAGCAUCGAGCGAACCGAGCCCGGAAACGGCAAACAUGAAAUGGAUGUUCAAAGAGGAUCACUCGUUGGAACAUCGAUGCAUAGAGUCCGCCAAAAUCCGCAACAAGUACCCUGACAGGGUCCCGGUGAUUGUGGAGAAAGUGUCCGGAUCGCAGAUAGUCGACAUCGAUAAGAGGAAGUACCUGGUGCCCUCCGACAUCACAGUGGCUCAGUUCAUGUGGAUCAUCAGGAAACGCAUCCAGCUGCCCUCGGAGAAGGCCAUCUUCCUGUUCGUGGACAAGACGGUGCCUCAGUCCAGCAUCACGAUGGGGCAGCUGUACGAGAAGGAGAAGGACGAGGACGGCUUUUUAUACGUGGCUUACAGCGGCGAGAACACCUUUGGUUUUUAAAACAGGAAGCCAUGAUCGCGCCCGGCCUGAACCGCGGCGCCACCCUGACACCCACCCACAUCUAAUCACGCCCUAGCUCCGCCCCCUGGAGAAGCGUCGGGAAGCCCCGGAGAGAUUGAGCGACACGAACGCAACAGAGAGACGGACAGACUGCUCACCUGACUGGAUGAACAUCAACGAGUGCGUUUGUUUUGUUGCACCAGUUCUUCAAAGAAUCGUAGAUUCAGUUGUGUAUAGUGUGUUACAUUUCAACAUUUGUUUGUUUGACGUUGUGAUUUGAGUGUUUUUAGGAGGAAACUUUGAUUUGUUUUUAUUUUCACAUUUUAAAUGAAGUGAGUGAAUGAGUUUUGCUUUUAGUUGUGCUUUGUUCCUCUUUGAAGACGAUAUUUAAAAGAAGUUUUAAUUUAAUUAUUUGAAUUGAAUUAGGAUGACCUAACCAAUAAAAAAGAUUAAAAUUAAA